CCUAAAGAGGGUCCCCCGACGCUCCCGGCCUGAGGGGCUCCGGCCGGGCGGCGGCGGCGGCACUUGCAGACCCUAGCGGACCGAGGACUGGGCCGCGGGGCCGCGCCCUGAGUAGCAGAAAGAGAAUGAAAGAAGUAGAUAACCUUGACAGUAUAAAAGAAGAAUGGGUUUGUGAAACAGGACCUCCUGACAAUCAACCCCUCAAUGAUAAUCAACAAAGGGAUUGUGACUAUUUUGUUGACAGCCUAUUUGAGGAAGCAGAGAAGGUUGGGGCCAAAUGUUUGUCCCCAACUGAACAGAAGAAACAGGUAGAUGUAAAUAUAAAAUUGUGGAAAAACGGUUUCACAGUCAAUGAUGACUUUAGAAGUUACUCUGAUGGUGCAAGUCAGCAGUUUCUGAACUCCAUCAAAAAGGGGGAAUUACCUUCAGAAUUACAGGGAGUUUUUGAUAAAGAAGAGGUGGAUGUCAAAGUUGAAGAUAAGAAAAAUGAAGUGUGUAUGUCUACAAAGCCGGUGUUCCAGCCCUUCUCAGGACCGGGCCACAGACUAGGAAGUGCUACACCAAAAAUCGUUUCUAAAGCAAAGAGUAUCGAAGUUGAAAAUAAAAGUACUUUGUCUGCUGUUCCACUGAACAACCUGGAGCCCAUCACCAGGAUCCAGAUCUGGUUGGCCAAUGGGGAAAGGACUGUCCAAAGAUUUAACAUUUCUCAUAGGGUGAGCCACAUCAAAGACUUCAUUAAAAAAUACCAAGGAUCUCAGAGAAGCCCCCCCUUUGUCCUGGCAACAGCUCUUCCUUUCCUCAGACUUCUGGAUGAGACGCUCACACUGGAAGAAGCAGAUUUGCAGAAUGCUGUGAUCAUUCAGAGACUCCACAUAACUUCUGAACCUUUUAGAAAACUCUGACAGUUUUGAAUUUUGAGAGACAGAGGGAAAUGAUGGUUGGAAGUGGACUUGCAUAAGUGGGAGACAAAAGUCAGUUUGAGCUUAAGGUUUGAGUACUACUUAAUUCCUUAUGAGGGGGAUUAAGUUAAUGCACCUUUCUCAAAGGCCACUCCGAAAAAAUAAGUAUUUUCAAAUUCUAGUUAACCAAUACAUAUUAAAUAGCUGUAUCAUUAAUCUUAAUGUGCUCUAAAUUAGCAAAGUAUGCAUAGCAUUAGCAUUGAAACAUUAUUUCCAAACAGCAGAUAUUAAUAUAAAUGUUAGCUAUCUCAGUUUUAAAUAGCAACACUUAAAAUAUUGUACAUGACUUGUUAAAAGCAUCAAUGUAAUUAUUAUGUUGCCUACACCUUCUCAGUUUUCACUCUGUGAUAGCAAAAGAUAUUCAAAUAUUAAUUUGGCAACAGUAUCUAAGAUGUAUAAUGUUUUAGGAAUAAAAUUGUAUAGCUUAGUACAAUGUCAGUAUUGGGUGCCUACACACUUUUCUAUACCUUUUAUAUGUAAUUUUAUGGGCUGGGGAUGUAGUUCAAUGGUAGAGUAUUUGCCAAGCAUUUAUGAAACCCUAGGUUCAAUCAAUCCCCAGCCCCCUAAAAAAUAUCUUAAAUCCUUUUUUUUCUUAUUUAUUUAUUUAAUGUAUAUAAAGAUAAUAUAUUAAAAUUAGGAAAGGGAAUACCAAAUUCAAGAGAAAUACAUAUAAAAUUCAUACAGUAGGCUUAAGGAAAGAGAAACAUAUUAACAUAUAUAAAGCAUAUAAAAAAUAACAUACAUGGCACUUCUUCAAAGGGGGCUUUGCUCCCCAUCCAGCCCCCAGAGCCAGGGACACCAGUCCAAAGGACAGAGGCCUAGGAGGAGGCCUUGAGGCAGUUGCAGAUAGUUUCAAGCUCAACAGCUACAAGCCACAGUCAGCUAGCCAGUUCCCUGCAGCAGCUCUGUUCCUCCAGAAGCAUAGGCAGUGCAGUAUGUAUAGAAGUCCUCUUAUCAAUGUAGAUCACUGCUGCCAUUGGAGGCACAGGAUAAGUUUGGUGUGGUUCUGGAAGAAAUGAAUUUGUACACUACUAUUGCUGAGGUGUGCCCUGCAUGUACAGAGCUGUGUUUGCAGGUAGAGCAGGUUGGCCAGCUCAUCACUUUCUGCAGGAUGUGAUGCUGGCCCCUGCCUUCAGCAGGUGUUCACUCAGGUAACAGGUGGAAAUACGGGAGGAGAGUGGUGGUCUUCAAGGAGUUAAGGUGAGAGCUCAUGGUGAGGUAGGACUCCAUGCCAUCACACUAUGUACUAUAAGCUGUCACCAUCUUCAUAGGGGAUAAGGUAUGCUGAGUUAUUAAAGAGCAAACAAAGACUUCUCCAAGAAUCACAGUUCAUUCUCUUCCAAAUUUCUCCCCCAAAACUAGGAAUUUAUUUUUAGCUAGUAUUUGUAACUACCAUUUGUUUGCCACCUCUCAACUAAAAUGUAUUUUAUUUUGUUAUAUUAUAAAUUUGUGAAUGUAUCUACAUUUCUCAUGUAUCUACCAAAAAAAAAAAAAAAAAAAAAAAAAAGCCUACUUUGUGGAUUUCUCCAUUUCUAAUUAACCAAGAAUUUCUAAUUCUUGUGUAUCUUGUAGAGUACAUGUCAGGGAGAAGUUUCAAUAGGAAAGGAAGAGCAGUCAUCAGCAAUAACUUGUGUUUUUUUAAACUGUGAAAUUGUUAGUAUAAACAAUGUUCUUAAAGAUAAUCAUCUGAUAAAGCUUUUUACUUGAAAUUUAAGAGUUGUGAAGUUGCUAGAGUCCUCACCCCAUGUUGACUUUGGGAGAAUAAAUGCCAAGGGAAGCAAAACUUGAAAUGAGUGAGCAUCUUAGGAGUGAGAUGCAAUUUGACCCAAGUCAUUGCUUCAGAUCUGUCACCAGUCAGUUAUCUUGCAGAUAAGCUGGACAUACAGAAGUACAUAACUGAUUUUCACAUCCUGAUUUGCUAAUUAGAUUACUAUGCACUAUCAAAGCUAAAAUAAUCUUACUUUAUCACAACUCCAUUCAGUAUACUUCAUGUUUCCAAACAUUGACAGUGCAGUGUGUGUAUUUAUUUUAGUGCCUUAAUACAUUGUAAAUAUUAUUUUACAGUGUGUUACAUUUGUUUAUGCUCUGGAACAUUUGUUUAACGAUGUAAAGAUGUGUUGCUUUUGUUAAUGCUGCAUUUGUUUAACUCUGUGAAGCUGUGAUUCUUAGCCAUUAUCGAGGCAGGAAAAAAGAUAGGAAGGGCAGGCAGAGAGAAUAGAUAUGAGAAACGAGAAAGGACAAAGAAGGAGCAAGAUAGAACAAGGAGAGAGGACGAUGUCAGGGGCCAGCCACCCAAUCAGCCAGGAGUAAGAGUGAAAGUAAGAUAUACAGAAGAAAAGGUAGUUUGGAUAAUGUAAGUUAGGAAACACUAUUUAGAAACAAACCAAGCUAAGGCCAGGCAUUCAUAAGAAAAAAUAAGCCUCUGUAUGUGAUUUAUUUGAGAGCUGAGUGGCAGGACCCCCAAAAGAGCAAAGAGCCAAAGAGUAAACUACAAACAACAUUAAUAUAUUUUUGAUGUGGUAUUUUGCUAAUAGCUAAAUAAACUGUUCUAAGAUAAAGUGCUGUUCAUUGAAAGGAUCUGUGAAAUAAUUUACACUUGUUAUAAAACAGUUAUAUGUGAAUUCUUUUGUCAUUAUUUGUCAUUCAGUUUGAGAAUCAAUGAUUAUUUCUUAGAUGCCUUUUCUUUAACCAAUGUUACCUUCAUUUCAUGUUCAGAAAUGUGAGAAAGUGAUAUUUUAGUACCAGCCCAGCAGUUGUAUUUGUUCUUAUGACAUAGCAAGGAGGUUUAGUGGUUUAGUAAUAUAUUCCUUUGUUCUAUUUUACCAAAAAAAAAAAAAAAAAACUGCUUCAGUAAAAAGUUGCUCAUCAUCCUGGAUCCUCAGAAAUGACUUACUCAUUACAUUUA